AUGAUAUAUCGGAAAAUACGGAGUAGUUUUGUGCCAUGGAACUUGCUUUUCCGGUGUACCCUUCUUCUUCUCUUCUUCUCCGGUUUCACUUUAUCAACUCUCCGGCUGUUCUUCAGAGAUGGGUUUCAUCCACGAUUAGUGUCGACAUGGUGGACGCCGCCGAUGGAAGCGAUCGCCGCCAAGUCACCUUCAACUCCGACCAUCUCAAUUCAAGAAACCGUUAUUUUUCCAGACCAGGCUUUGGUUUUCCUUAAAUACCCUUCAUCCACUCGCUUAUUUUCCAAAGAUGACAUAGACUGUAUAUACUUGAUCCCAAACUCAUCCAAGCCCCAGCUCAAGCUCUCUCCGGUAUCAAUCGACGGUCAAUAUUCCGAUCACCAGACUGUACGGUGCCCGCGUCAGCCACAUGGUACGACCGCGUCGUUAGCGGUUAAAUCCAACGGUAACCUCCUGCAUGGGUCCACCACACUUAUGUGGGACUCAUUGGCUUAUGAAGCUAUAAUUGAUCGUGAUAACACCACUGUUGUUUUUGUUAAGGGGCUUAAUCUACGGUCGGGAAGAGUUUCUGAUCCCUCUAAAUUCAAGUGCAUGUACGGCUGGGAUUUUAGGAAACCAAAAUUUGUUUUGUCGUCCGAGGUUGUAUCAGUUGCUCAGGAAAUUGUGAGAUGCAAAACCCCUUUGAGCAUAUUGAAUAGCCCACAAAGAUUUAAUACUAGCAUUAAGGCUUCAGUUAGGGUGGUUGGUAGACAGACUCUCAAGUCUAUUGCUCAGCUGAAAGUUCGAUUAUCGGACCCUAUACACUCGUCCCAGAAACAGCACGAGAUGUGCAUAUGUACGAUGUUGAGGAAUCAAGCUAGGUUUUUGCCUGAAUGGAUCAUGUAUCAUUCUCGAAUAGGGGUCCAACGUUGGUUUAUAUAUGAUAACAAUAGUGAUGAUGAUAUCGAAGAUGUGGUUGAGUCCUUAGUGGGUGCAAAUUAUAAUGUUACUCGGCAUGUGUGGCCUUGGAUCAAGACUCAAGAGGCAGGGUUCUCUCAUUGUGCAUUACUCGCUAGGAAUUCAUGUGAGUGGGUUGGAUUCAUUGAUGUUGAUGAGUUCUUUCACUUGCCUUCAGGAUUGUCAUUAUACGAUGUUGUUAGGAAUCAGUCUAGGCCUAGUGAGGUAGCUGAAUUACGAGUAUCGUGCCAUAGUUUUGGCCCCUCGGGCCUUAAAAAUGUUCCAGUGAGAGGCGUGACUGUAGGUUACACAUGCCGAUUGGCUGGCAGGGAGAGGCACAAGAGUAUAACGAGACCUGAGGCUCUGAAUUCUUCUUUGAUCAAUGUGGUGCACCACUUUCACUUGCAGGCUGGGUUUCAGUAUGCCAAUAUGGAUCGAAAAGUGCUGGUGAUAAAUCACUACAAGUACCAAGUGUGGGAAGUUUUCAAAGAGAAAUUCUAUAGGAGGGUGGCUACCUAUGUGUCCGAUUGGCAGCAAGAACAAAAUGUUGGUUCCAAGGAUCGAACACCGGGUUUAGGAACAAAAGCGGUGGAACCAGCCGAUUGGUCGACCAGAUUUUGCGAGGUUGAGGAUUCAGGCUUAAGGGAUCGUGUGUUGAAGACAUUCAUUGACCCGAAAACCGGUCGAUUGCUAUGGCAGGAUCUGCCCAAUGAGCAGAAGAGAUAG